GGAUGGAAAUGUCGAUACAAGAACUGACGAGGAGCUUCGACGAAAUAUUGGCUCUUAAUAUUAUUUCCCAACGAAAAAACACACAGAGAAUAUACAAAUGGAAGCUGAUCAUCCAACGAUCGGAGAGUACACGCUGACGUGUAAGCUCGGUGGCGGCUCAUCGUCGACGGUAUGGAAAGCCGAGCACCGGACCACCGGAAAAGUGGUGGCGCUGAAGCAAAUCGACCUCCUCAAGCUCACUCGCCAACUCAAGAAUUGCUUGGACUGUGAACUCAACUUCUUAUCUUCUGUUGAACACCCAAAUAUCAUUCGCCUUUUCGAUGUAUUUCAGGCUGAAAACUCUAUUUUCCUUGUCUUGGAGUUUUGUGCUGGAGGGGAUCUGGCUGCUUAUAUUCGGGAUCAUGGCAGAGUUCAAGAAUGCGUAGCUAGAAAAUUUAUGAAACAGAUUGUAGGAGCUGGCCUAGAGGUACUGAGCAUGCACCAUAUCCUCCACCGUGACUUGAAGCCAGAGAACAUUCUUUUAUCUACGAUGGAGACUGACCCGAUUCUUAAGAUUGCUGAUUUUGGUCUCUCAAGAAUGUUAAAUCCGAAUGACCUUGCAGAAACAGUUUGUGGGUCCCCUUUUUACAUGGCUCCAGAAAUUCUAGAAUUUAAAAAGUAUGAUGAUAAGGUAAGAACUAUUUACUGUACAACUAUGUUACACAGAUUGGACAAACUGACAUGUAUUCUCUUGAAUAGGUUGAUAUGUGGAGUCUCGGUGCAAUUUUUUUUGAACUACUUAAUGGUUACCCUCCCUUUCGUGGUAGAACUAGUGUUCAGAUACUGCGGAAUAUCAAGGCAUCUCUACGUCUUCCUUUCUUUGAGCCGAUUCUUCCUCAGUUGCACCCGGGUUGUGUUGACUUGUGCUCAAGACUAUUGUCUAUUGAUCCAGAGAAACGGAUCUCUUUUAAAGAGUUUUGUCGACACGACUUUUUGAAGAUAGACGAAGGGGGAGAUAAGAGGUUCUGUUAGAGGUCAAAAACAUCCGGAUAUCCCACUGAGCAGAAGUGCCCACCAGUUUAAUCAUCAAUGUACAAAUUUGGAUUCUGUUUUUCAGUUAUCACCUUAGUGGGGUCAGCUCUUUUUUUCCUGCUGAUUUACUCUAGGCUAGUCACCAGUCGAUCAGUUCCGAAUUCAUGUAAAGGUGUCAUUAGAAAUCAUCAUCAUCCCUUAUGCUUCAUAUGUCUGUAAAUUGUCAUAUACAACCUGAUAACAACUGUACAUCCUAGUUCUCUUUUCACCGAUGAUUCAGUCAUUUUUUACCCUUCUAAUAACUAGCUUCAGUAGCAUUGACUCCUAAACUACUUGCACUCUCCUGCUUCAAGCCUUUCAUCUUUAACCAUCAGAAUUGUAAGGACAGAUAAAUGGUUUUCUCCAAAUUCUUCAAAUCGAUCAUAUCGAGCUGGAGGGAUUUCUUCAGAACAACUAGUGUCGGUGUCAUUUGUCUCCAAAACCAUCUAGUAAGGUGAAUUGUAUGUAUCUCUUCAAUAAUACCCGGGUUAACUGCCAACAUUUUCCUAUCAACAGUCACCCAAUCGUCUCCUAUCUCUUUCUUGUACUCAAUCUGCGCGUUUAUGAGAUACUCUUUCCAAGUACAUUUGAUAAGUAGUCUCCAAUGAAAGUAUGAAACUUUCUAAAUCUUCUAUCACAUUGUCGUACUGUUAAACUCUUGGGCGAACAAGUCCAGAAAAUGUCAUCAAAGUAAGUGGGACAUGACAAAUCUGAUGAGUAGACAUUAUCAGAUAAUAUCAAAUUCUCGACUUCAGGUAUGGGAAGAUGAUCAACUCCACUUGCUGCUCGAAACAUUUAGUGAUAUGCUGGAUUAUGAAAGAUGGAAUACGCCAUUUCAAGUCUACAGACAAAUAAUUCAACUCUAUUAGAGAUCUCCGUGAGUGUAUGAACUGAUCAACAAUCCAUAGACAAGAGACAUAGUUUAUGGAAAUCCUGCAUUGGCUUGAAACACUUACAAAUGAUAAAGACGGUAAUCUAUAUGGAACAGAGAAAGCCAAGGAGAGUAACUUGGGCACAUCAAAAAUGGCUUGCACUAAUUGACUGUACUCAGCUAUGCUACAUAGCUAUCAGUUUUUUCUUGAUUCAAUUCUUUUGUUUGUCAACUCUUAUUGAUCUGUAGGGUGAUCUUUUUUUGAAUUUUUUUUAUUUUUGCGUGGGCAUUUUGUAAUUCUUUUCCGAUUAUUCUGGAUUGUGAACUUGAUUUGAUUUGCGAUGUAUCCAAUUGUGGGUUUCUCUGCA